AUGUACAAGUCGCUCAAGCCGCUCGCGAAUGCCUAUGCGCACAUUACGGGAUACAGGCAGCACGGGCUGCGGUAUGAUGAUUUGAUUAUUGAGGAGAGGGAGGAUGUGCAGAAGGCUCUGACCCGUCUGCCCCAGCGAGAAUCGUACGACCGUGUAUUCCGGAUGAAGCAGGCGUUCCAGCAGUCGGUGCUGCACCGUGAAUUGCCAAAAGACCAGUGGCUCAAGCCCGAGGACGACACACGAUACCUCGCCCCUAUCAUCGAGCAGGUCGCGAAGGAGGACAGCGAGCGGGCCGAAUGGGACUCGCUUGUCGUCGAGAAGAAGAAGUAG